AUGGUGCGACGUGGCGCCACCACAUUGCUCCGUAAGAUUAGGUCUUCGUGCUCGCAGGAAAUUUCCCGAGAGCGUGGAGCUGGAGCUGCUACUCGCGAUCGAUCGAUCGCGGAGGAUUUUUCUCGCGAGCUAAGGAAUGCGCGAUGCCUCGCGGCGGUGGAGGAGCUGCAUUCUCUGAUGAUCGCGCAGGGGCUGGAUGCCGACACCUAUCUCGGGAACAAUCUGGUAAGGGUUUAUGGGAAAUUCGGGGGACUGGAUCAAGCCUGGGCAGCGUUCGAUCGCAUUGCUGCGAAGAAUGUGUUCUCCUGGACGAUCGUAAUCUCGGCAUUUGCCCAGAAUGGGCAUCACAGGGAGGCUCUAGUGCUGUUCCGGCAGAUGGAACGCGAGGGUGUCAAGGCGAACGAGGUGACUCUCGCGGCUGUGCUGGGGAUUUGCGCCAGCAUCAAGGAUUUAGCUGGAGGGAGAUCCAUCCAUGGCCGAGUGAUCGCUGCCAAGAAAGACGUGGUGAUUGGCAAUGCUCUUGUCAACAUGUAUAGCAAGUGUGGAGCUCUCCGCGAGGCAAGAGCUUCCUUCCAAGAGAUGGUGGUCAGAGACGUGGUUUCCUGGACGACGAUGAUCACAGCUCUCUCGGAGCACGGAGAGUGGAACGAGGCAGUGGAGAUCUUCUGGGAAAUGGUCUCGGAAAAUGUGGCUCCAAACGAGAUCAGCUGCUUGGCGGUGUUGGGAGCUUGCUCGAACUUGGGCGAUCGCAGCCAAGUUCGGGUGAUCCACGAGUUUAUUGCCAGUGGUGGCUUGGAGCUCGACAAGAAGCUGGUGGUGGCGAAUACUUUGAUCCACACUUAUGGAAGAUGUGGGAGCCCGAGCGAUGCUAGGCGAGUUUUUGAUUCUCUGCAACGCUCGGCUAGGAAUGCCGUGUCCUGGGCUUCGAUGAUAGCAGCUUACACGAGCAACGAGCAGGCCAAGGCAGGGGUGGAGCUCUACCAGGAGAUGAUCCAGCGGGAAGAGAGCAAGAAAAUGGAUCCCGUCGCCUAUCUCUGCGUCCUGGAAGCUUGCUCCAGCUUGAGCGCUCUCAAAGUCGGGCGUCAGGUCCACAAAGAGAUUGUAGCUGCUGGUUUUGGAGACGAACUUCCACUCGCUGGUGCGAUCGUCAACAUGUACUGCAAAUGUGGGAGCUUGGUCGAGGCAAGGGAAGUCUUCGACGGGAUGAAAGCCAGGAAUAUGAUAGCGUGGAACUCGAUGAUGGGGGGAUACACGCAGCACGGUCAUCCGAAGCGAGCGCUCCAGCUCUUUGAACUUGCGUGCCUUGACGGGGUUCUUCCGGACGAGAUCACCUUUGUGACGAUUCUUACGGCAUGCAGCCAUGCAGGGAUGGUAAAGCCAGGCGUUUGGCACUUCGGUUCCAUCCGGGCAGAUUUUGGGAUGGAGCCGAGUGUGGAUCACUACGUCUGCAUGGUGGAUAUGUUGGGACGAGCAGGCUGGUUAGAUGCGGCUGAAAGAUUGGUAGAGCGCAUGCCAGCGUUCUCAAAUCCAGCCGACGAGUUUGUGCCGUGGAUGGCUUUGCUGGCUUCUUGCAAAGUUCAUACAGACGUGAAGAGGGCAGCAAGAAUUUCUUUCGUUCUGUCAGCGAAGAAGAAGAAGCUCUUGAGCAGCAGCAGCAGCGGCAGUGGCUCCUGGCACCUCAAGAACUCGGCCGCUCCACUGGUGAUGCUCUCGAACAUAUACGCUCAAGCGAAGAAGUGGGAGGAGAUGACAGGAGUGAGGAACGAGAUUACGGAGGAAUGGUCCAAGGGGAUGAUCACGUCGAGGCAAAGGGGUUGUAGCUUCAUCGAAGUGGAAGGCGCGAUUCACGAGUUCGUCGCCGGGAAACUCCACCUCCAUCCAGAGCACAAGGGGAUCGACAGCGAGAUGAAAAGGCUCGAGGAGCUUAUCAAGAGCGCUGGCUACGUCCCCGACACAAGUGUGGUAAUGCACGAUGUUGAGGAGGCUGAGAAGGAAGGCGUCCUCCAUCAACACAGUGAGAGAAUGGCCAUAGCUUUCGGUUUGAUGCGCGGUGGCAGUGACACCAUCGUUCGAGUCGUGAACAACCUCCGGAUUUGCUCCGACUGCCAUGCCGCUGUCAAGCUCAUCUCCAAGACCGUGGGACGGGAGAUCCUCGUUCGAGACACUCGUCGGUUCCAUCACUUUGCAAGUGGCGAGUGCUCCUGUCAAGACUACUGGUAG